UAUUAGACCAUAUCACUCGUUAAAAACUUCCCACUGCGACCGUUUGGGCGUUGAAGUUAACUUUGUCUACUCUAAAUCAUAGUUGGAGAAAAGAGAAAAAAUGGAGAAAGCAUGGAAGAUGAUGAUCGCAAUUUGGAUGGCAGCAAACAUGGUAGCAACAACCAAAGCAAUCGAAUCUCCCCAAUACUCAGUAAUUCACUCUGAAUCAGAUUUCGAAAUUAGGGUUUAUAGAGAAUCUACUUGGAUGUCUGCUCACGUCAAUCAUCUCUCCUUUCAUCAAGCCACCAAAUUAGGGUUUCAUCGGUUGUUCCAAUACAUUCAAGGGGCCAAUCUGAAUUCCUCGAGAAUCCCCAUGACAAAACCUGUGUUAACUAGCAUUGUUCCUGGAGCUGGACCACUAGAUUCGUCAGCAUAUUUUGUUCGCUUCUACUUGCCUGUAAAAUUCCAGGCCAGCCCGCCACUUCCGCUUCCUGAGCUCAACCUGAAACCUGUGUCAUGGCCAAGUCUCUGUGUAGCAGUGAGGAAGUUUUCAGGAUUUGCUGGUGAUGGUAAUGUUGUAACCGAGGCUGAGAAAUUGGCUUCCAGUUUGGGAAGAUCACCAUGGGCCAAUUCAACCAUGGCUGACAGUAGAAAUGCGUAUUCAAUUGCUCAGUACAAUUCUCCUUUCCGAAUCAUUGGGCGUGUUAAUGAAGUUUGGGUCAAUGUCGAUGGUUCUGAAUUGGAUAACUGUAUGUCUAGCGGAUUCACUACAUACUGAAUAACCUGUGGUUCUACAGAGUAUGGCUGAACACCAAAUAGUUUGGCACAGAAAGAGGAGGGAAAUAGAGUGGGGCUUUCACAAGCGCAAAUGUGCAAUUACUUAAAUGUCCUCUCUCUUGUUUGGUAACGAAUGCUUUGGUGUUUAAACGUAUUCUUCUGGAAAAAUGUCAUGAUAAAUUGAUAAUGGUGUAUCCAUCAUGUUGUCCAUAUAUACAAUAAAUUAAAGAAAGUAGUAUUAAGAAGGCCAAAGCCGUGUUGUACA